AUGGCGCCCCCCGUCACACUGCUGGCAGUGCGAGGAUCAGAUGGCACGGCUCUGCUCCGUGGCCCCCCCCACUGUGAGGAGCAUGCAGCCUUUCAGAGGGACCGCCGGCUCAGCAGGUGUGUGACCUUCAGCAGAGACGGGUCGCUCUUUGGUUGGUGUAAUGGACAAAGUGUUUCCGUAGUGAAACCAUCAGACGGUGCCAUGGUGUCGACCUUUGACCUCCCGAAGACGGCCCUGCUGGAGUUUUCCCCGCUCAACAACAUCCUGGUUACCUGGCAACCGUACAGCAAGACUCAGGACAGUCCUCAGGGGGAAGCCAACCUCCAGCUGUGGGAGCUGCAGAGCGGCCGACUCAUCAAAGCUCUGUAUCAGAAGAAGGUCGACUUAUGGUGUCCCAGCUGGUCUGAAGACGAGAAGAUCUGUGUGAGGAGCGUCAACAACGAGCUGCAGUUCUACGAGAACAACGACUUCAACUCCAUCGCCAACAAGCUCCACAUGCAGAAAGUGUCAGACUUUGCGUUGUCGCCUGGAGGUCAGCCCAGCAAGGUCUCCGUCUACGUCCCGGGCAGCAAAGGAGCUCCGUCAUUCGUCCGCCUGUAUCAGUACCCGGUGCUGGGAGGGCCGACUGCUGCGCUCGCCAACAAGAGCUUCUUCAAGGCCGACAAAGUGACCAUGCAGUGGAACAAGAAAGCCUCAGCGGUGCUGGUGACAGCGAGUACUGAAGUGGAUAAACCGGAGCGUUCAUAUUACGGAGAGCAGACGCUGCAUUACCUCGCCGUUAACGGAGAGACGGCUGUGGUUCAGCUCCCGAAGAACGGUCCGAUCUACGACGUGGCGUGGAGUCCAAACUCCACGGAGUUCUGCGUGGUGUACGGCUUCAUGCCGGCCAAAGCCAUCUUCAACCUCAAAUGUGAUCCUGUGUUCGACUUUGGGACUGGACCCCGAAAUGCUGCCUACUACAGCCCUCAGGGCCACAUCCUGGUCCUGGCUGGCUUCGGGAACCUGCGAGGUCAGAUGGAGGUCUGGGACGUGAAGAAGUACAAACAGGUGUCCAAACCUCAGGCUCCAGACGCCACUCAUUUCUCCUGGUGUCCUGAUGGCGAGCACAUCGCCACGGCGACCUGCUCUCCUCGGCUGCGGGUCAGCAACGGUUUUAAGAUCUGGCACUACACCGGCUCCGUGUUGCAUAAAUGGGACGUGGCGGCCCGCUCGGAGCUGUGGGAGGUGCUCUGGCAGUCGUUCCCUGAUGGCAGCUUCCCAGAACGGGCCGUCAAGUUCCAGGCGGCGCCCAGCCAGCUGGGGUCCACCCAGGCCCCGCCCACGCAGGCGUACCGGCCGCCUGCCCUGAGACAUCUGCCGGCCGUGCCCAGCUCCAAACUGCACGAGGACGAGCCUCCUCAGGACCUUCGACCCGGAGCUUCGGGAGAGAGAAGUCUCUCUAAAGCUGCUCUGAAGAAUCAGAGGAAACGAGAAGCAAAGAAAGCAGCGAAACAGGAGGCGAAACCAGAACCUGAACCUCCCUCUGACCCUGCCCCUGUCAGCAACAGCCAAUCAGAGGCGAGCAGCGGCGACCCGGAGACGGACAAGAAGAUAAAGAACUUAAAGAAGAAACUGAAGGCCAUCGAGGAGCUGAAGGAGCAACAGACGCUGGGAAAAGUGCUCCAGAAGAACCAGCUGGAGAAGAUCCAGAAGGAGCAGCAGCUGCUGAAGGAGCUGCAGGAGCUGCAGAUUGGACAGUAGGGAGUGUGGUAGGAGCUACGGGCCACGCCUCCAGUCCCGCAAUACGUCAUUCACACACACAAACACACAGGGAUGGGUGGCGUGUGUGUUCAAACUGCACAUUGCUAGUGAGGGGUGGGACUUAUGACAUGCCUCCAGAGGGAUGAAGUGAUUGGUUGGUUGUUCCCUAUUUUCAUGCUGCGGCCGUGAGCCGCUGGAGGUUGUCCAGAGGCAUUCUGGGAAGUGCAGGAAGCAGCUGAGGUGACCUGAACUGAAGCCGAGACCGUCUGUUAAAGGGACAGUCCAGUGUGUGUGUGUGUGUGUGUGUGUGUGUGUGUGUGUCUCCACUGAAGCCUUCUGCUAUGCAGCAUCUGUACAGUGCUCCUUUCAGAAUAAAAGCCUGCUUGUCACGUUGAAACUGAGUCCAGAUGCCAAUAAAGUUUGUAACAGAUCAGAAGAUCCUGACGACGUGUUAUUGGACUUUAGUCAGAAUAAAAGGGAAACCUUUGUAUUUUUGUGCAUGUUUAAUAUUUUAAAAUGACCUGCACAGGUUUGUAGCUGAUGUUCAUGGAGCAUGGAGGUUCACAGAUUUGAGCGGGACCUGCACACAGUGAUCAUUUUGAGAUGUUUGCAAGCGAGAACAAACAGAAAUCAUGUUUAUUGGGCCCAGAAAUGUGCAUAAUGGGAUGUUUGUUGGUUUUGCAUCAGGUUGCGUCACUGACAAUGAGAGUUACACUGUCCUGCUGUUUUAUUCUUUAAUAAAUACAAACUGCAGGAGACUCAGAGCCUGGUCAGCGAUGUCUUCACGUUGAUCCUUUUUAAACAUGUUUCCUCUAACAAAGGUUUCAGUGCGGCUCACACAUGGACAGAUGUUUCUGAUGUCUCAGUUCAAUUCAUUUUUUUAUACAGCACCAAAUCACAUCAACAGUCUCCUCAGGAACUUGAUACAGUAGUGUGUGGCUUCAUUUUGAGCAUAAUAAAAUAAAACAAAUUUUCAUCAGA